AUGCAGUCCCACGGAAGCUAUACUGAUAUUCAAAACAAUUUCCCUGGACUCCCGCCAUUUCCAGACGACGUCCCCACCGCGCCCCUUCUUCGGCUAUCGCUUGGAAAGCUCUUGGCCGGUGACCCCACGGAGUGUGAACGACUUUUCCAAGCCUCUGUAGAAAUAGGAUUUUUCUACCUUGAUCUCCAAGAUUCAGGUCAUGGCGUUUCACUCCUUGGCGAUGCCGAUAAAUUGUUUACUGUUGGAGAGAAACUGUUCGAGCUAAGUCUCGAGGAGAAGAAGACUUUUGAUUUCAGUGCCCAGAACUCAUACUUUGGGUAUAAAGGGCAAGGGCUUUCGACUGUGGAUAAGGCAGGCAACUUGGAUCGAAAUGAGUUUUACAAUGUCUCCAAGGACGACAUUAUUGGAAUUAGUGAUCCUCUCCCGGCACCCGAGGUGCUGAAACAAAGCCGAAAACAGCAGGAAUCAUUCAUGCUAGGCUCCCACGUCAUCGUGUCUCUCGUUUUGAACAUUCUCAACGACAAACUCCACCUGCCACAGGAUACUUUGUCCAAUCUUCAUCGAUGGCGAUCCACUGGUGGCGACCAAGUAAGGUUUGUCAAAGCACCACCUCAGCCAGUCGACGACCGCCGUACAGCGUUGGGACAACAUACCGACUUCGGAAGUGUCACCGUGCUCUUCAACAGACUGGGCGGGCUUCAAGUAUUGCCUCCAGGCGCUGAUGCCGAAUGGGUCUAUGUGCGGCCGCUGCCGGGACACGCGAUCAUCAAUUUGGGGGAUGCUAUGGUCAAGUUUACGAAUGGUCUGUUGCGGUCCAAUAUCCAUCGUGUCGCAGCGCCUCCAGGCAUCCAAGGUGAUUCGACGCGUUAUAGUCUGGUGUACUUUUCACGACCGGAGGAUAGUGUCAUGCUGCGGCGACUGGAUGGCUCGGAUCUCAUUCCUCCCAUCGAAAAGGACCAGGUUGAAGAGGAAAUCAGCAGCAAGGACUGGAUCAUUCGUCGGGCUCUGGGUCGUCGAGUGGAUCUUCACAAGGAUAUUGACUACGAGAAAGCUGCUGGUACGGAGCAAAUGAGUCGGCGGAUCAGAGUCUAG